CAGCACCACAAUCUUUAGAUUCAUCGUUUUGUGCUGAGUAGUAUAUCUGCUGCUGAAAAUCGUUGGAAUGAGGCCCUACCUCCUGAAGGGCCACGAACGGCCUCUCACUCAGCUCAAGUACAAUCGGGAAGGAGAUCUUCUAUUUUCCUGUGCAAAGGAUCACCAUCCCACUCUGUGGUUUUCAGAGGAUGGAGCGAGGAUUGGGACAUAUGUCGGGCACAAUGGAGCAGUGAACACAUGCGAUGUCAGCAUGGACUCCACGCGUCUGUUGACAGGUUCAUCAGACAGCACUGCUAAGCUGUGGGAGGUGGAGACGGGCAGGAAUGUGUUCACCUUCAAAUACCAGGCACCCUGUCGAGCAGUGUCCUUCUCGAUCGAUGAGCAGCUUGCAGCGUUGUCGACAGACCCCUUCAUGACCACCACGCCCGCCAUCAACAUUGUCAGAAUAUCAGAAGACCCGUCUGAGCAGAGCGACCAGCCAGUGCAGCGCUUGGAGGGGUUCAGCAAGAGGAUCAAUCGAGUCACCUUCACGGACCUCAACACAGUGCUCAUCUCUGCUGGAGAGGAUGGAUUUGUGAGGAGAUGGGAUGUGGAGACUGGCAAGGUGAAGGAAGAGGCCAAGCUCCAUGAGAAGGAGAUCAGGGACAUGCAGCUGUACAAGGAUGGCACACACAUGGUGACAGCUUCCGUGGACAAGCUUGUGAAGCUGGUGGACACACAGACGCUUGAGGUCCUCAAAUUCUUCAAUACAGACAGGCCAGCCAAUGCAGCGGCGCUUUCACCUGUCUUUGACCAGGUGCUCAUUGGAGGCGGACAGGAUGCUGCAGAUGUGACGACCACGAGUGAUCGUGCUGGAGGCUUCCAGUCGCGCUUUAUCCACAAGAUCUUCAUGGAAGAGAUUGGCAGCGUGAGGGGUCACUUUGGGCCCAUCAAUGCUGUGGCGUUCAGACCUGAUGGCCGGAGUUUCGCCACUGGCGGGGAGGAUGGAUACAUCCGCAUCAAUCACUUUGAUAAUGACUACCUGUCAGGACGCUUCCUCUGAUUUCUAGUCUCGUUAUACAUGUCGUGUCCAGAACGUAAUUCCCAUGGCUUUCUCCUGGAAGUACUUAUGUGCUGGAGAAAUGUCACCUGCAGCUGUCGGAAGUGCCACACAGUGUGCAACAACUGUUGAACGUCAUGUGAUGUGAUAAUCCCGAACUCAGGGUGGAUAUCACCAGGCUAGUGACUGCAAGCAGCACCGUGCUCUCAGCUGGUUAUGCUGAGGCUCAGAGAGUGCUCCCAGAUCAUCAUGAUGAGCGCCCCCAGUGGGGCCAAUUGGGCAUGCAUGCCGUUAUUACAAGCUUUCAGCAAGUGGCUGACCAACUCUUCAUUCUCAAGAGAGCCCUUAAAUGACCUUGUUC